UCGUGAGCGCCACGUGUCUCGGCGCCUCCCCCGUGCAUCCUCUUCCGGGCUUUGCCGCUGCAGAUGCUGCACCUUUCCACUUCUUUUGCUGUGCUUGUCAAUUCUGCUGCUCCCGCUGAUUCCUGCUGUUACUGAUUAUCCGGCUGAUUCUGCUGAUCCCGCUGAUACCAUCUCCUGUCUGCUCCUGAUUAUUGCGCUGCGAUAUCAUCUGCUUAGGGAUCCCGCCACAUCCGCGUCCGUGCCUCAUCGCUCUCACCGCUCCCUCCUCUUCCUCCGUACUCGCAGCUCGUCGCGAUGCCUCUGGAGUUCGAAUUGUGCCCGGGGAGGAAGAUCGGCGGGGAGAACCCGUGUUUCAUCAUCGCCGAGAUCGGCCAGAACCACCAGGGAGACCUGGAGAUCGCCAAGAAGAUGAUCAAGAUGGCAAAGGACUGUGGUGCGGACUGCGCCAAGUUCCAGAAGAGUGAACUUGACCACAAGUUCAACCGCGCCGCACUCGAGCGACCAUACACCUCCAAGCACUCGUGGGGAGCAACGUACGGGGAGCACAAGCGGCACCUGGAGUUCAGCCACGACCAGUACCGUGAGCUGCAGCGCUACGCCAAGGAGGUUGACAUCUUCUUCACGGCGUCCGGCAUGGAUGAGAUGGCCGUUGAGUUCCUCCACGAGUUGAACGUUCCGUUCUUCAAGGUCGGCUCAGGGGACACCAACAACCUCCCCUACCUGGAGAGCACCGCCAAGAAGGGCCGGCCAAUGGUGAUCUCGAGCGGCAUGCAGAGCAUGGAGACGAUGCGCCGUGUCUACGCCACCGUGAAACCGCUCAACCCCAACUUCUGCCUCCUGCAGUGCACGAGCGCCUACCCCCUGGAGCCGCGCGACGUGAAUCUGCGUGUGCUCACCACCUACCAGCAGGAGUUCCCGGACGUGCCGGUGGGCUACUCGGGUCACGAGAGCGGGCUGACGGUGACGCUGGCGGCGGUGGCGCUGGGGGCCAAAGUGGUGGAGCGUCACGUCACGCUGGACCGCACGUGGAAGGGCAGCGACCACGCAGCGUCGCUGGAGCCCUCCGAGCUGGCGCAGCUGGUGCGCGAGGUGCGCGCCGUCGAGGCCGCGCUCGGCUCGCCCGUCAAGCGCAUGCUGCCCUGCGAGGAGGCCUGCCACACCAAGCUGGGAAAGUCGGUGGUAGCGCGCGUGGACAUCGCCGCGGGGGCCAAGCUGACCCUCGAGCAGCUGACGGUGAAGGUGGCGGAGCCGCGCGGCGUCGCGCCCGAGCUCAUCUACAGCCUCGUGGGCCGCACCGCCACGCGCCCCAUGCUCGCCGACGACUCCGUCACCGAGGAAGCCCUGCAGUGACGGCCCCUCCCGUGGGGAGCAGGGGGGGGGCGGCCGGCCGGUGGAUGACGUGGGGUGGGGGUGCGGGGCCGAGUGCGGAAGGAUGGGGGCAUGCGGGGGUGUUGGGAGUGGCCAAGGAAAACGAGGGAGGCGUUGUGAGAUAACUUUUGAAUCUUAUAUUGAAAACAAAUCUCUUUAGAGGUGCUUUUUUGUUGUUUAGUUUGUUGUCCUUCCCCCCCCCCGCCCGCACCUCCGAUGAGCACAUUUGGCUACGUGCGGUGCGAAAGGAGUUCAACAUACGUACGUCGUGAUUGAGGCGUGACCGGGAAGGAGGCAUACAUGGCUUGAAAAGAAGUGGGGCAUCCCCGUGAAGAGGGCGUGCAGCUGUGAGGAGGGGAAGUGACCGGGAGGAGGGGGUGUGGGAGUGGCCAGGCCAGUGUGGCUACCUGCGUAAGCCACCAUUCGGGAUUUAGCCCCUCGACUCUUAUUUACAGCAUCGCGAACCGACGGGGUUACUUGAAAUCCGGUGGAGGGGGACGUCUCUAUUGAGCACCGACUAGGGAUUUGAAAUACCUUCGCCAGGCCAUCCAUAGAUGAACGCAGGCGCCUCCACGUCAUCCACUAAUAACACUAAACUAUUGCGGCUUGCUGCGUUUAUAACAGGGUGCUGUUGCCAGAUCGGAAAUAUGCCCCUCUAGUACCCUAUUAGUGCUGCUCAGAUGCUUGCCCUGCUUCAGUGCCUUGGCGACCGCUGACAGACCCACUCCCGGAAAAUCUCCAGCCGUCGUGGUUUCUGGCCAAACCCGUCCCUUUUUUCAGUAACGUGGGGCCCCAGUUCCAAGCAAUGCUACUUGAAGUUGUCAAAUCAUUUUUUUUUAAUAUAUAUUUGGGCAACCUGCUUGCGGUGAUGGAUUAAUAUCGAUUGUUUUGGGAUGUUUUGAAUUGGCGGGGCUUUUACGUGGCCGCGGGCUGUGUGAAAUGAGGUAGCAGGGCCCUCGUCCUGGCUCAUGGGCUGUGGAAUUUUCUUAACCCGGCUUUUAAACCAGCCGGCUUUGAAGUGGGGAAAACUGUGAAAGAACACUUAGUGCCGCUAUGUGUGGUUUGCGGUUGUUAAUAAUUUUAAUUAGGAGGUAAUUGUGGUGAUUGUGGUGUUGGUGAAGGUGGGUGGGGGGGGUAAAGGACGUCGCAUACUGGCGCUAUGCAAUCAAUCGACGUUAGUAACGGAGUCACUUAUACCCCUGCCUCCUCCGUGGUGUCGGUGUUGAAUCUGCUGUCAGGUCCUGUGUGCGACUUGGGUACAAUAAAACGAGCCUGCAAGGCCACGCUUUGACAGCG